AUGGCAAACGAAGGGCCGUUCUCACUCGAGUACCAGCUUACUCCCGCCUAUCCAACCCCCCGCCUCCCUCCCGGUCUCUUCCGCACGGCCAUAACAGGCGCAUCCUCCCCACAGCACAAGAGGAGACCUUACACCCCAUCCCAGCAUUCUACCCCUUCCGCGGACCCUGCCGUCGCCAGCUCUUCGCAGACAGGUGUGGCGUGCGGGGGACAAGUCAGUGAAGCGUUGUGUGUGCCCGCCUCCGCCCACCCGGGUAUUCCACACUGCCCCACGUCGCGUACGCCACACACCGACCGCGCGGUUAACCCGGUCAGCCGCGGCAUCCGAGCCGUAGAGCGGCGUUACCACACCGAAUAUCUUAGCGACGACGACGCCCGUAACAUCCACAGUCGCCGAGCGCAAACUACCCGCCCCUGA